AUGAUUUUGUUCGUUUCAGCCACAACGAAUCCUUUGUCCCACUAUUGGAUCCAGGGUGCGGUGCCGCGAAUUCGGACCGCCUUUGAGAAAGCGUUAGGGACGUCGUCAUCGUCCAAUCCAAUGUUGCGUUUCGGUGGGACCAGUGGAGAAAUGCCAUGUCUGGCUCUCACAAUGACACCCUCUUUCUGGACCGAUCAUCUGCGCAUUGUACUAUGGUCCGCUUACAUGGCCUUUGAGUGGACCCUCGCUGGCGUCUCUGCCUCUUCUACCUCUACUCCUGCAAAUGACUUUGAUGCGCACCGGAAACAGCGCUCUGCUUUCAAAGCCAUUUUCUAUCGAGCUGUCGAAGAUCUCCCCUGGGCUAAGGCGAGUACUGUUCUUUUAUUUUUCUUUAUGCUGUCAGAAAGUCGGAUGUUUCCAAGUGUGCUUACAAUGCAUUUAAUGGAAGUAACAGUUAAAGUUAUUGAUGUUUCUCUAUUUCAGGUGUUGUACACAGAUUUAGCUCGCUACUGUCCGGAGGAUGCUGAAGAGGUUGUUGAUCUUUUGACCUCCAAGGGUCUGCGAUUGCGCACAUUCAUGGAGGAAGUUGAUCUGCUCCUCACCUCAAAACUGCCCUAG